CGCCACGCUGCUGUUACGUCAUCCGUCAGGCAGGCAGGGGAUUGCGGGGUUCGAGACGGAGCGUUCUGGAACGCGGUGUAUUAGUGUGAAGAUUCUCCAGCUCUCCCUCACGCAGCGACGCGCUAUGUCCUGCCAGCUCUAAACGCUGAGCCCGCCGCCACUGAGAGCUCGCCCGAGCCGUUGGAUGCAGCCGGGGUGGAGCCGCCGAUAAUGCUGAGGAUGAAACUGCCCCAGAAGAAGUGCAAGCACAGGGCGUCUGAUGAAGAGGAGGAGGACGAGGAGGAGAGGCGGCCCGCCGGCAUGCGUGGCCCCUGUGAGAGCCAGGCCGGCUGCCUGCAGCGGGAGGAGGUGUACGAGUGGUUCGUUCAGUGUCUGGGCCCCGCUCAGAGGAUGGAGCUGGCCUGCGGACUACUUGACCUGUGUAACCCGCUGGAGCUACGCUUCCUGGGCUCCUGCCUGGAGGACCUGGCCCGCAAGGACUGCCACUAUCUGAGGGACUGCGAGAGCCGGGCUAACGGGCCAAGCGGGGAGCAGCUGCUGGGGGACCUGGCGGACCCUGCGGCCCGGGCCCGCCUCAUCGUCUAUCUGGCCCUACUAAACUCCGAGAACCGGGAGGUGGCCGGUCGGCUCUAUCGUCUGCUGCUACUGCCUGCCGCCGGCCAGGAGGAGGAGGACAGGGAUCCCGGGGAGGCGGAGGCUGCCCGAGAAGAGCUACUACUGCUCUUUACUAUGGCCUCCCUGCACCCGGCCUUCUCCUUCCACCAGAGGCUCACCCUGAGAGACCGACUGGAGCAGCUCCGGGAGACCGAGUACACCAGCAGCCGAAACCAGGAGAGAAUCCAUGAGUAUAUGCCAAGCCCUGAAAACCAUGUGGUUGAAAACAAGAAAACAACUCACAAUGGAAUUACAGUGACAUCUCAUAAGCUCCAGCGGGAAGCUGUUCACAUUGAGAAAAUAACUUUUAAAGGAGUACAAAGAAAAAGGUCGGACAAGAAUGCAGAGUACACGUUUAUGGUUACUUGGUCAGACCAUUCUGUGACUUCAGUGACAAAAUCACACCAGGAGUUGGUUGAAUUCCUUUUAAUGCUUCCUAAGGAGUUGUCCACUGAUGCUUUUGAUAAAACCAUUUUGCGUGCACUAAACCUGGGCUCCCAGAAGAGGGAAGAAAGACGUUACACUGACCUGGAACCUAUAAUCAGGCAGUUAUUUUCAUCUCCAUCGCAGGCUAUGCUGCAAAAUCCGCGAGUACAUAAAUUCUUCCAGGCGUCCUUGGAAUCUAGCCAUCUUCACAAUAACUUAAUGGCCGCUCCAAAGUCAUGCAAAACUCCAGAGCUUUUUAAAGAAGACAGCUCCGAGGCCUCCAGUCAGGAAGAAGAUAUUCAGCAGCAUGUGGCACACAAGAAGCCUGCUGGAAAAUGUCCCAUUACACACACCCUGGGUCCUAAAAGUUGCUCUUUAAACAGACUUCACAUGCCACACUGCGAACAAAAUGGUGGCACAGACUGGAGGAAGAAAAACGGUCCUGUUUGCCUGCAUUACGAGCACUACAGAAACUCAGGGCACCAGCGCGCAACAGAUAAAGGUUAUUCAUUUCCAGCCGGCUCAGAAUCCACAUCAGAAAGAAAUGUGGAGAAAAUUGAAGGCCAGUCCGUCUGCAUAGUGAAUGGGGUCAAGCCAACUCAGAUUAUGAAGAACAGUAUUGUUAAAGAUACAGACAGUAACUCUGAGGAUUCCACAAAAAACAGAGUUCCAAGUUUCACAGCUUUUGGUACUGUCAAUACAUCCGCUGCCAAACUAUCAGCACAGCUUGGUAUUCGCAAUGAAAGCCUUUUGGAUGACUCCGUGAACUCCAAGUAUCCUCACAUUCCCUUCAUACACUGCUUGAUGCAAAAUGGUGCCGAGAAGCUGGAAGCUGUCAUUUCACCCACUAUACCCACUGCUAUGAAGGCACUUGGCACACCAGUUAGUCCAGUUACAAUGUCUCCUGCAAGGGAAACAUGUCACCAGUGCUCUCUUGUGGUGUCACAAGUUCCUUCAGCCAUAGGGGAUUCAGAAAAGCGUGUGGACCUACUGGCUUCCUCUCAGCAUGGCCCAUCAUCCUUCCUUUCACGUAACUGUCAGCCAAGCAAUUCUUUGCAUUUACCGGUUCACAGGCUGAAAAUGCCUUCUCAGGGGCAGUUGGAAACCAGUACAGUGAAUGGAUCCACACAGACUGGCUUGAAUCUAGGCUCUACCAACCCUGGCUUCAUUCCCAUUCAUAGUCCUGGGGGAUUUCAAGCAUCUCCUGUAACGGUAUCAGACCCUAUAUCUAAACCGGUUUCACAAAUAGUAGGCCUUAAUCAGGUAGUGCCUCAUUUAGAUGGAAAUGCUGGAGCCAUGCCUCCAUCUGUUAACCUAAAAUUGGUUCUCCCAGCCACUAACCUGUCCCCAGCACCACCAUCUGUACCUUAUCCUUUGUCAGGGGCAACUCUUGCAUCUGGUGUGUUGCCCACCCAAAAUACCAAUGUGCUAAAUGCUGCUGUCACCGCUGCUUCUUCUCAGCCUGCCAAUGUUGUCAUGGGACAGGUACAGGCUGGAAUUCCACCUGCUGUUCCUACCCACACACCUGGACCAGCACCAAGUCCAAGCCCUGCAUUGACUCACAGUACUGCACAGAGUGACAGCACUUCCUUUAUCAGUGCUGCUGUUGGCAAUACCAGCACAAAUGGCACCCUCAUACCACCUCAACAGAUGGCUCCUGGCACAUGUGGCUCAUGUGGUCGCCGAUGCGGAUGUGCAAACAGUGGAGUACCACCUAUGGGAAGUUACUAUUAUGCCAACCACAUGCCUGGACAGGUGUACAGAGUUCCACCAUUCUUUCAAUUGCCCUCAAUUUGCAAUGGCACCUACCUCAACCAAGCACAUCAAAGUAAUGGGACACAGAUUCCCUUCUUCCUACAAACACCCUACACAAAUGGACUAAUGCAUGACCCUGUGCUUGGGGGACAGGCUAAUUAUGGCAUGCAGCAGAUAACAAAUUUUCCAAGAUUCUAUCCAAUGUACACAGCAGCACCUAAUGUAGUAGCCAACUCCAAUGCAUCAGGGCCUAAGAAAAAUGGGAAUGUGUUUUGCUCCAACUGUGGGUUAGCUGGGCAUUUUGCACAGGAGUGUAAACAGCCCUCUAUGGAUGCCAAUCAGCAAGGUAAUCGUGAUAGUACCCAAAGGACUUGUUUCUAAAUGUGCUAGUAUUUCCCUUCUCCAUGUUCGUGACUUAGAUGUAUGUGUGAAUGAGUAUUUUCUUUCUUUGACUGUCUACAAUAGUGCCGUGUUCUUUUAUGGAAUUUCCUCACCACUGAUUGUGAGAGCCAUGCUAAGACAAUAGGGAGGGUGGGUGUGCAAAUAGCUUAUACAUUUCCUUAUGUUUUUAAUCCUUUUUGUACCUGAUCAUUUCAUAACUGUGUGCCUCAGUAACACCUUGUCGGUAUCUGUUAUAUUUGUUGAGAAGAGGGUACUUAGUGUUAGCCUUGAGUGGCCAAAUGAAAACAAAAGGGGCAAAAAAAAUAAUUAUCCCAACAUAACUUGCAAAAAAAUAUAUAAAAAUCAUACAUUGAAAAUAAAAAUCCAGAUUUGGCUGAAUAACAAAACCUGGGGCUUGAAUUCCGAGUUAACAAAAGUGCCUCUCUUGUUUUCCUUUUUUUUGUCCCGAUUUAUAAUUUAUACGUGAUCUGUUUCCGUUAUAAGCAUUGACUUAGCAGUUCUUUUUCCUGUUCUAGGAUUUUUCAGGCUGAGGUAUGCAUCUCCCCUUUCCCCCUCCCAUGAUACCUUGGAUUCUGCUGACUGACACCAGUUCACAAAAAAAUAUAAUAAAUGACAAUGUCUACCUGUACAGUUUACGGUGUGGAAGUUUCAGUUUACCUUUUUGAUGCUGUUUAUAGGAGAUAAUCGUUUGCCACCAGUUUAAUGGAGAAAAGAAACGCAGUACUGUGCCAUUAAAUGUAAAUCCUGAAUUGAACAUUAUACAUUAAUGAUUCUGUGCAUUAUUUGGACGCAGCCUUACACGGAAAUAAACAAAUUAAAGUUGUUGGAUUCCCAGUGCUACUUUCUUGGACGCACUCUACAAGCAAAUAUGAAGUUCGGUAUACUGCAUCGUGUUAAUCUUACAGGUUCCUCUUCAGCCUAACUCUGCAACAGCAACUUGAACCGCCCUGAGAACAUUUGAUCUUGGUGUUAAUUCAUGCAAAAUGCAUGGUUCUAGAGUGGGGGGCGGGGAGGAGGAAGGAAUCUGUGUUGAAAUGUUGAAUGAAAUAUGUACCUUUUAGUUAGUUUGAGAAUCAGAUUUAAAUGCCAGAAGGGCAAAACCUGGCAAAUACAAAUUCAUUUUUUUUAUUUAUUUUUUUCCCUACUUUGUCAAGCCUAUGCUUGUAAAACUAUGAACUCCUCACUCAGCUUUUUUUUUUAGUCUGUUCCAAAUAUUUAUUUCUUAUACUUUAAGAAACUCUGAAUUGAGCGACCUUUUUGAAAGACAGGCUUUUAUUAAUGGAGUGGAAGCCGAUCUUUGUUGUCUGUGGCUAAAAAGAAAUGUAAUUUUGGCAACAAGUUUGUAUAUAGAUUCUCAACAGUACAAGAUAUUUUCCACUUUAGAUUCUAACAGUAUUUAGUACAGUUUCUCCCACAUUCUGCCCAGUGUGUCGAGAAACGGAAUUUAUUUUCAACCUUUAACAAUCUACCACUGAGUGUGCUACAUAAUGUGAAUGUUUUGUUUGUUAAAAUGUAUCCGUGUAAUGUCAAAGGUUUAAUGCUGCUGUUCAGAUUUUAUUUAAGAUAUCUUAAAUAGCCAACCAACAUGCACUAAGUCUUUCUUCCAGAUAACAGUUUAUUAUUAUAAUUUUUUUUAUUUUUUUUUGUGCACUGAUGUUAUCGGGAGAUAAUCGUAUAUAUAUCUUUAUCAUGUGUUCAAACAGCAGUGGGUUACCAGCACUGUACAAUGCCCUUCCCCCAUGCAUUCCUUAAUUCCCUCUAUGGGAUAUUCCAGUCUGUUUAAUGCUUUUGGCUUCAUCAGUACUAUGUUCUGUCUCACAGGAAGCCAAAUAUGGCAGUACAACACAAAUAACGACCGGUUAUCUAUACAAAUAUAUAUUUAUAUGUAUUUAUUUAUAUAUAUAUAUAUCUCAGAUCCGUGGUGUAUUGUAAGGAGGAAAAGGCUUCCAUCUAUAAAAGCCACUUCAUGAUUUCUAAAACUUGAAGAACGAAAAAAAAAAAAUUAGUUGAAACUAUUUUCCUUUAAAUAUUUUAUGCUACAUUUUGAGAAGCUAUGAGGCAGUUAAAGUGUUGGUGCAAAAUAUAAAUAUAGUUUAUACAAAGCUUUAAUUUAAGAAUAAAAUAUUUUAUUUGAUUAUUUUUGGACAUAAUUGAAUGGUUUAAAAAGCAGUUAAGCUGUUUAUGGGAAAGGUAGACCAUGAAACCUCAUUGGUAUGAUCUAUCAGCCAGACAUGUCUAAAAUGCAGGUUAAAAUGAGGAUUCAGAUACUGUACUGUAAGCCGAGGGGUUACCUUUGCUUCAUUUGUAUGUUUACCAUAUACUUUGAUAUUUUAAUUAUCUACUGGAAAAAAAGGUUACUUAUAUUUCUAGAAAAGAAUUUCAAUUUUAUGCAAACUUAUUUCCUUGAAUUAACAGCAAUAAAAAAAUAAUAAA